AUGCUCGACCGCUCGCCGGGCGUCGAUUGGGACGAUAUUGCAGGCCUGCACUUUGCGAAGAGGUGUGUCAUGGAGGCCGUGGUUUGGCCCAUGCAGAGACCGGAUAUCUUCACUGGCUUGAGGGGACCGCCGAAGGGUUUGCUGCUGUUCGGCCCGCCCGGCACUGGUAAAACGCUUAUUGGAAGGGCCAUCGCAAGCAAGUCUGGUGCAAAGUUCUUCAACAUUUCCGCCAGUAGCUUGAUGAGUAAGUGGGUGGGGGAGGGCGAGAAGAUGGUCCGCGCUUUGUUUGCUGUCGCCAGGGAGUUUCAGCCGAGUGUCGUCUUCAUUGAUGAGAUUGACAGUCUCUUGACACAGCGGACGGACGGAGAGCAAGAAUCUACUCGUCGUGUCAAGACCGAGUUCCUUGUUCAAAUGGACGGUGCGGGGACAUCUCGCGAAGACCGUGUGCUCGUCGUUGGCGCAACUAAUCGCCCGCAAGAGCUAGACGAGGCCGCGCGACGCCGUUUGGUGAAGCGACUUUACAUUCCUUUACCCGAUACCGAGGCGCGUUCGUCGCUAGUUGGGCGCCUAUUGCAAAAGCAAACAAACUCCCUCAACGAAACCGAUGUCCGAGGCGUGGCUCAGUUGACGGCUGGGGACUUUGAGAUCGCCGUCAGGAUGGUGCGUGCGUCUGUUUCGAAUAGGGAUCUGGAGGGGUAUGCGACGUGGAAUGAGUCGUAUGGUUCGUUUCCCUCGACUGAUCCUUCUGCUGGGAAGACGACGCCGCCGCCAACAACUGCUGGGGCAACAGCCCCUGAGCAGUAG